UUUCUUUUAAAGGACCAUUUCGAAUACUGCCCUAAAGCUUCCAGCGCCGCCGUUCGCGACAACCACGCCGGAGAACGGGACGAUGAGCAGCAACUCGCCGGCCUUCCACCGCGAUUCCGACGACGACGACGACCAGGGCGAGGUCUUCCUCGACGACUCCGACAUCAUCCACGAGGUCGCCGUCGACGACGAAGAUCUUCCUGACGCCGACGAUGAGGCAGAUGAGGCAGAGGAAGCGGAUGACUCUUUGCACAUAUUCACUGGCCACAAUGGGGAAGUGUACAGCCUUGCAUGCAGUCCCACAGAUGCAACACUAGUGGCAACUGGGGCUGGAGAUGAUAAAGGGUUUCUGUGGAGGAUAGGUCAUGGAGAUUGGGCUGUUGAGCUCCAAGGUCAUAAGGAUUCCAUCUCUAGUUUAGCGUUUAGUCUGGAUGGGCAGUUGCUUGCAUCUGGAAGCCUUGAUGGAGUCAUACAGAUUUGGGAUGUUCCAUCUGGAAAUCUUAAAGGCACCCUUGAUGGACCUGGAGGGGGCAUAGAGUGGAUCAGGUGGCAUCCCAAGGGACACAUAAUAUUAGCAGGUUCGGAGGAUUCCACUGUUUGGAUGUGGAAUGCUGACAAGAUGGCCUACUUGAAUAUGUUUUCAGGGCAUGGUAACAGCGUAACGUGUGGAGAUUUUACUCCUGAUGGUAAAACAAUUUGUACCGGCUCGGAUGAUGCAACAUUGAGAAUUUGGAAUCCCAAGAGUGGGGAAAACAUUCAUGUUGUAAAAGGUCAUCCAUAUCAUGCCGAAGGACUAACAAGCAUGGCAAUAAGCUCUGAUUCAAGUCUUGCUUUUACUGGUGCCAAAGAUGGAUCUGUUCGCAUUGUCAAUAUAUCAAGUGGAAGGGUUGUUAGUUCUCUGGAUGCUCAUGCAGAUUCUGUUGAAUUUGUGGGACUGGCUCUAAGCUCCCCGUGGGCUGCAACUGGAAGCUUGGAUCAGAAGCUCAUUAUAUGGGAUCUCCAGCAUUCUUCUCCCCGCGCUACCUGUGAUCAUGAGGAUGGAGUGACUUGCUUGAGUUGGGUCGGUGCAUCAAGAUUUUUGGCCUCGGGUUGUGUUGAUGGCAAAGUACGAGUGUGGGAUAGCCUUUCUGGUGAUUGCGUAAGAACAUUUCAUGGGCAUUCCGAUGCUAUUCAGUCCCUGUCGGUGUCUGCGAAUGAGGAGUUCCUUGUUUCUGUUUCAAUUGAUGGAACUGCUAGGGUUUUUGAGAUUGCAGAGUUUCACUAAGGAUAACACUUGAUGCACUGUACAUUUUCUGUACUCUAAAACUAUGGUCUUUUCUUUUUGUUUUA